AUGUCCGAGCCUAAGGAAGAGAAACACAAUCAAAAGACGGCCGCCCACAAGGUCAGUAAGUUUGGGUCAUUUGUAGCCGGUGGGUUGGCAGCAUGUAUUGCUGUGACUGUGACAAACCCGUUCGACACCGUGAAAACCCGUAUGCAGUUGCAGGGCGAAAUGCAUGCGGGUGCAGCUAAGGUGUACACAAACCCAAUCCAAGCUGUUGGUGUGAUCUUCAAGAACGAGGGUAUGCGUGGUUUACAAAAAGGUUUGAGCAGUGCUUACAUCUAUCAGAUUGCAUUGAACGGGUCGCGGUUAGGGUUUUAUGAACCAAUCAGACGUCUUCUCAACAACACUUUCUAUCCAAACAUUGAGUCUCACAAGGUCCAAAAUAUCGGAAUCAACGUUGUUGCUGGUGCCUCUUCCGGUAUCAUUGGUGCAGUGGUGGGGUCGCCGCUCUUUUUGAUCAAAACUAGAAUGCAAUCGUACUCGAAUGCGAUCCACAUUGGCCAACAAACCCACUAUACCUCUGUUUUCAACGGGUUGUCCACCAUUUUCCGUAACGAAGGAUUCAAGGGUCUAUACAGAGGUGUUGACGCCGCAAUUUUGAGAACCGGUGUCGGAUCCUCCGUUCAAUUGCCAAUCUACAACAUCUGUAAAAACUUCUUCUUAAAGAACGACAUCCUAAAUGAUGGUACAGCUUUGCACUUGCUAUCCUCCACCAUCUCGGGUUUCGGGGUGGCAGUCGUCAUGAACCCAUGGGACGUCGUCCUAACCAGAGUCUAUAAUCAAAAGGGCAAUCUCUACAAGGGUCCAAUCGACUGUUUCGUUAAAACAGUCAAGGCAGAAGGUUUUUCUGCCCUAUACAAAGGUUUCGGAGCCCAAAUCUUAAGAAUCGGUCCACACACUAUCCUCUGUUUGACCUUCUUGGAACAAACCAUGAAGCUGGUCUAUGCAGUUGAAAGCAGAUUCGCCUAG